CCGACUCAGAGCCGCCUGCUGGUGCUCGUGGUGCUGCUAGGGCUCGCGGGUAUCAACCGCAGGGCGGAGAGGACCACGUCCAGCAGGACGCCGCCAGGGAGGCGCCCCACCGCUGUGCGACCUGCGGGGCGGCCUUCAGGAGGGCAGCUCUCCUCCGCGCCCACUUGCGGACCCACGCCGCCGAUAAACUGGACGGCGGCGAGCCCUGCGGCGACACUUCAGCGACGAGUGCUGACCUCCGAGGACACGCGAGGACUCACACAGGUGAUAGACCCUACACAUGCCAGAUUUGCGGCAAAGGAUUCACUCAAAAGAGCCAUCUCGGUGUGCACACGAGGACCCACACAGGCGAGAAGCCGUUCACAUGCCAGACUUGCGGCAAGGGAUUUGCUCGAAGUAACUCUCUUAGUGUGCACAUGAGGACUCACACAGGUGAGAAACCUUAUAAAUGCCAGACUUGCGGCAAAAGAUUCUCUCAAACUGGCAAUCUCCAGGUACACAUUAGGCUGCAUACGGGUGAGAGACCCUACAAAUGCCAGACGUGCGGCGAAAGAUUUACUCAAAGCUCAAAUCUCCUAUCACACAUGUGGAUUCACCUGCAGACUCUUACACGUGAGAAACCUUACAAAUGCCACACUUGCGGCAAAGGGUUUACUAACAGUAGCACACUGCGUGUACACAUAAGGACUCACACAGGUGAGAAACCAUACGAAUGCCAGACUUGCGGCAGAGGGUUCGCUGACAAUUCCAACCUCCGCCAACACAUGAGAACUCACGCACGUAACAAUUCUUAAAGAUACCAGUAUCCAACUCCCUGUAAACACCAGGACUCACACUGGUGUAUCCCUACAUCUUCCGGACUUGUGGUGCAGGUUUGGUUGACAGCGGCUCCUUCUUUCAAAGUAAGGACACGGUACAGGUGUGACCAGACGUCUGGAAAACCUUCUCAUCAUGGUACCCGACUUCGCAGUCAUGUUAUACACCUUUCGGUCAACGAUAUAUAUUUCAUGUGUCAGUCAUGUCGUGCUACAUUAACUGGUUUGGAAAAUCGCGUAGAUGCACAGUUAAACUUUGAAUUGUAUGAAACAUACUGAUUGUGGCCGACUAACCGAAACCAAUUAUAAAUUGUUUCUCUGGAGUUAAUUUUAG